AGGUCGCGGUUUGUAGUUCCGGGUGAGAGGAGAAGCAGCUGCAGCAUGUCCGCACAUGUCAGGUCCCACAGAAAGCGCAGGAGACUGGACGUGUUUCCAGUACAGUGAUUUGUGACAUAUUUGCGAAUUUGUAUUAUCCCCUAGUUUCGAAGAAGUGUCGAGUCGAGAUGGAGGUGGAAAGGGAUUUUAUCGGUAGCCCUCCGCUGAAGACAGUGCGGUUUGGGGGCAAUGUGGUGGACACACUGGCGAAGUUCAAACGGGGUGACACCAAUGACUAUGAGCUUCUUAAACACCAGCUCUCAGACCCUGAUAUAAAGGAUGCCCAGAUCAUCAACUGGCUCCAGGAGUUUCGGAACUGUGUCACCCAGCUCACCAAGGACCACGAGCAGCUGGUGUCUGUGGUGCUGAGGCUGCCGUGGCUGGGCCGGAGCCCCGCUGUCGUGGAGGAAUACCUGGCCUUCCUGAGCAACCUGGUCUCGGCUCAGACUGUCUACCUGCGGUCCUGCCUGAAGAUGGUGGUCUCCCACUUCACGCCCGGGAGAAUCGUUAUCCGGGAGGGAGGCGUGGACAUUUCUGACUCGGAUGACGAAGACGAAAACCUGCCUAGGAACUUUGACCUGUGUCAUCGAGCUCUGCAGGUCAUCAGCAGAUAUGUUCCUUCGACUACCAGGUUCCUGAUGCCCAUCCUGACGGACAACUUCCCCUUUGUCCAGAAAUCCUCCAGGACCCUGGAGUGCUACGUCCACAACCUCCUGCGGGUCACUGUCUACCUCCCCACGCUGCGCAGGGACAUUCUGGAGCUGGUCAUGGGCAGGAUGCUCAAACUGGACGUGAGCGCUCCCCGGAGCGAGAUCGAGGAGGCGGAGGAGAGCCCAGCGCAGCAGGCGAGGGGCCGGGAGGGGCCGCCGGAGGAGGGACUGUUUGACAUGGAUGAAGAUGACCUGGCCAGGCCCUCUGGAGAGGCAGGGGGCGCUGUGAUGGCCCACCCUGUAGCUGAGCGGCUGGACACCCUCAUGGACAUCCUGCUGGCUUACAUCAAGGACGUGUGCUUUGUGAGCGGGUCCCUGCACCUGACGCAGACGAAGGAGCUGUACCGGGACCUGGUGGGCGUGUUUGACAAGCUUGUGCUGCCCACCCACGCCUGCUGCCACGUGCAGUUCGCCCUCUUCUACCUGUGCAGCUUCCGGCUGGGUCUGGCCGAGGCCUUCCUGGAGCACCUGUGGAAGACGGUGCAGAACCCCAGCCACCCGCCUGUCCUUCGGCAGGCCGCGGCCGCGUAUGUCGGCAGCUUCCUGGCCCGGGCCAACUUCCUGUCCAUCACCACGGUGAAGGCGUGUCUGGACCUGCUGGUUCCCUGGCUCCACCGCUACAUCGACAGCCAGGACGCGGGCUCCCGGGCCUUCUGUGACGUGAGCCUGCACGGCCCCUUCUACUCUGCCUGCCAGGCGGUCUUCUACACGCUGAUCUUCAGGCACCAGCAGAUCCUGGAGGGCAGCCUGCGCCAGGGAAUGGCCUACCUCCAGCAGAUGAACCUGGAGCGAAUCGUCAUGUGUCAGCUGAACCCGCUGAAGGUCUGCCUGCCAGCCAUCACCAAUAUGUUCGCCGCCAUUACAAGGAAGUACCAGCUGGUGUUCUGCUACACCAUCAUCGAGCGCAAUAACAGGCUGACUCUGCCCGCGGUCAGGAGCGGCCAGGGAGGGGAGUCUCUGCCCGUCAACACCAACCCCCUGGACAGCUUCUUCCCCUUCGACCCCUACCUGCUGAAGAGGUCGGGGAAGCUGAUAGAGCCCAUCUACCAGGUGUGGGAGGAGCCAGGGGACUGUGAGGUGGACGGACAGAAGAAGCCAGUCAGACAGGUGUCCAAUGGCGAAGAGGAGGAUGACUUCCUGCAGGGGGAGACGCCCCACCAUGACAGUCUGGUGGGCGUGACGCCGGGGUCCUACGAUUCUCACCUGCGCAGCCCGAGCAGCGUGGGGUCCCCUCCCAUCGCCUUCCUACAGCGCCCCUUCUAACGCGAGAGGACCACGCGGCACCACGUUGUCGGGCUGGCCUUGGCGGCCGGUGUUGGGGGGCAAUCUGCUUGGAUCCCAAGCACCGCGGACCUUUGUCCUCCCCUGGGAGCUGCAGCGUCCAUGGGUUGGAAAAAACGGGACGUCGUUUCUUCUCGAGCCCGGAACCCGGAUGGGGAACCCCCCCGGGGAGACGUCUCGAACACACCACCACACCCUCCCCGGAGUCCUUUCGGCAGGGAUGGUCAGCUCUGCCCGCGACUCUCCGGUUGUAAAUGUGUGUGUAAAUGUGCCUGUAUUGUAAGAAUCUCUACCACACUUGACUUCGGACUCUUUGAUGAACCUUUUCUAGCUUUAGUUUUUUUUUUUUCUUCUUAAGCUCCUCACGUGUAUUUCUAGCUGUGACGCGUUUCCCCGGAGACAGCGCUGUAAAUAAAGAACAAGGGGGUGUCUGGGUUUGUUUUAAAAUCUCUAUUAAAGCACGUGAGCUUACUCUUGAUUGCUCCGAUUCUGGAAAUGGCUGAAUGGUUGGGUGACUGGGUGGAUGUCGGGGUCACGGGAGACCCCCGUGACAGGAGGCUCAGCACUCCAUUCACCAUGGGCCAGUCCUGUUUAAAAUGUAAAUACUUCAACUCUACUUUAAUUUCAAAUUAAAAAAUUACCAUAUUAUUUAUUGCCAAAGGUACACUGUUCUCUGUAUAGGUUUCCAUCAAGAUGACAAUUCUUGCUGUUUCUGUAAAUGAUUUUGUGCGCUUAUUAUGAGCCACGGGUGAGGAAGCGAUCAGUAAUGUUGAAACUUAUUGGAUUUGGAAAUGUAAGAAAUACCGUCAAAGACAAGCAACUGCAGCGGUAGGGAAAUCUACUUGUAUGUCUCCUUAUCAAGGACCAGGAGUUUGCAGUUUAAAUGUUUAUUUUAUUAAAAAAACGUUUUCUGAAGUAUGGUGAUAUUUUACACAGCUGACCGUAACUUGUAGAAAAUAAAUGUUUCUCCUAACAA